AUGUAUUGCGAUGGAUGUGAUGGCACCGUGCAUAUCUUCUGCGCUGGCUUUAGCGACGCCACCGCUCCAGACGUCUGGUACUGCGAGUCCUGUCACCGAGAGCUGGGCAUCAACGCUACUGGCCGUAGACCCAACCCACGGGCACGGAAUCCCAGACCCAGAAGAGUCGGAGGUAGACGGCCUGGUACAGAAGCAUGGGAUAGAGUCUGGGCAAGUGUCUGGCGCCGGUUGAACCUGGACCUCGACUUUCCCCAUGAAGACGAGGACCUCACCACCAUCCAUCGUACUCCGGCUCAACGCAGAGAGCUUGCAGCCUGGACUCGCAGGCUCCAAGUUGCUAGUCGUCAAGGUGGUGCAAACCGCUUCAGGGACACUGCAUCCACCCUCCUGGAUCGAAGGAAUCUUGCCGCCGCACAUUCACCAGAGUCGCAAGAAGAACUACGCGCUUGGAAUGCGCUUGACAAGGCUCGCGCGCUUGACCCGGAAGCGCAAGCACCGCCUAGCAGAAAGCGCAAAUCCGCUACUGCCUCUCCAGCAUCUCCCCGAGACAACACAGCAAUAGAACGCGAGCAAGCCGAGCCACAGCGCAAGCUCAAGCGACCCAGGACCAAGAGAAACAUGACGAUAUCAACUCUUGCAGAACCAGGCCCAUCUACUAUUGAGGUCCCUGUACGUCCGAUACAGAAGCCCAGCGAAGGGCCAAGUUUCCUUACUCAGCUUCUUCAAGAGGUAGAGAAACAGCCAGCACCGGAGGAAACAGGCUCACCGGAUGCUGAAGCAAAUUCUGGUGAUGAGCAGCCAGGACCAUCUAACAUGGCUUCACCAGGAGCAUCCCCUAUCCACUCUGGCCAAGUCUCACCCCGCGCGUUGUCUGUCACACCUCCACCUCAACCUGCACGUCCCAGACCAACCUCACCUAUGCCUCUCACGUCUAUUGUCCGACCCCUUGCUUCACCUACCUUUUCUCCAACGAUGAACGGCAAGGAUGAGCGAGGCAGAUCACACCGACGUCCCCAACAACAAGUCAGCAGCCCUCCGCGAGACAUCUCGCCUGGUUCACCAUCUCGCAACAUGUCCUACUCGACCAAGACCGAGAUUCAGCGCAUGGUCAAAGCUGUCCUUGGCCCUCGUUAUCGUGGAGGCGAAAUAAACAAGGACCAGUAUACUGACAUUAACCGGGAUGUAUCUCGUAUGCUCUAUGAGAAGGUCGGCGAUGCUGAAGGUUUGGCCAACCAAGAUGGCCGCGAGAAAUGGCAGGAAGUGGCUUCGGCCGAAGUUGAGCGAGCAGUUCAGACCAUUCGCUUGCAGGAGCAAAACUCGGAGACGUUCUCACAGGAGAUCUAG